AUGUUAACGGUAGUGCAAGGAAAAGAGAAGUAUCACUGUACGAUAGAUGAUACCACAUCAGUAGCUGACGUUAAAGCACGGCUCGAAUCUGCCACUGGCGUGCCAGCAAAAGGCCAGCGGCUUCUGGUCAAGGGGAAGGAGCGGGAUGCUUCAGUGGUCCUUUCCUCUAUAGGGGUGAAAGCAGGCUCAAAGAUUAUGCUGCUUUUUACGAAGGAGUAUCAGGCCAAAACGUUUUCGAAGGCGACUGUGUUAAACAAAGAAGCUCCUGACAAUGAUGUUAGGCCGCAGUUCAUGCGCUUACUUGCCAAAGGGAAGGAGGUUAGUGACGGAAGCCGCAUUGAGGAGAUCAUGACAACCCCGCAUGGCACGUUGGAGAUGCUCAUGCUAUUCAAGUAUGGCUACCACAUGCAGGUCGAGGGAUCGGUAUGGCUGAAGCAACGGCAGGAGGAAUUGGACGGCCUCAAGUCGAAAUUGGAACGCAUGGAGAACUCCUUGGAUCACCGGGGAGGGGAUCUUGCCGAGUUUUUGGUCCAACUGACGAAAGUAGGCGAAGUCGUUGAAAGAUAUCUCGAGUCCGUAGAUCAUGUAACAGUGAAUGAAUCACUUCUACCCGAGAUGAAACGGUUAAAAGAAGAACUCUUGGCUGCAGACCAGAAGGUCAAAGAGCUCAAUAGUCGUGUGCCUCUCGUAUGA